GAAACGACGAGAAGGGGAAAAGGGGGAGGAAAAAUGACACGUAGAAAGGUUGUGUGCGCCGUCAGCCUAGGCCCGGCGCGUGGCAUUAGGUAUACCUAUGGGCAUCCCACCUUAUCUGCCUGGUCUUGCCUCGCACGCCACGAAGGGAGAGGGGAAAGACUUUCUCUCCCCGACUUAUUCGCCUACCCGUCUAUCCGUCCACUCGCUCCCACCUAGGAGCUAGCAAGUCAGUCGACUGCCCAAGUCGCAAUACCAACCGACACUCUGCUUGCCCCGCUGGACCGUCCCGCCCUUUCGCGCUCGCGACGAGACUUCGCUAGAAAGCAAGAGCGCGCCAGACGCACACCAUGGCAGCCGCCGUCGCCGCGCAGCCUCCGGCCGCCUCCGCGCUCCCGGGGGCAGACAGCGGGCUGGCACAGCAGGCGGACGCCUCGCAGCAGGAAGAGCCGCGGGGAGACAGCGGCGACGUCCUCGCCAUCAUCAACUACUACAAGGACCCGGGCGACGGCUCGCUGCCGGCGCCGAUCCUGAUUGCCGACAACACCGUGCGCAACGAGCGCCCGACGGUGCCGUACGAGCACCUGAUCCGCGACGUGUCGGGCCGGCCCGAGGGCGCGUACACGCUCGACCGCCACGGGUUCCAGUACGUCGCGCACGCGAGCCGGCUGCGGGGGCUCGCCGCGUUCGAGGACGCGGCCCGCGUCCGCGCCGAGUACUACCCGGAGUCGGCCGCGCUGCUGCGCCGGAUAACCGGCGCCGCCCGCGUCCACAUCUGGGACCACAAGACGCGCAGCGGCCCGGCGAACUGGCACGCGCUGGGACGCGGGAACCGCGCCGCGCGGGGCCCGCUGUUCCGCGCGCACGUCGACCAGUCGUACGCGGGGGCGGAGCUGGUGCUGCGGCGGCACAUGGGGGCGGAGGCGGAGGCGCUGGUGCGGCGGCGGUACCAGAUCGUCAACCUCUGGCGGCCCAUCGAGACGGUCCGCGCGUCGCCGCUGGCGGUCGCGGACGGGUCCUCGGUAGCCGACGCGGACCUGGUCGCGGCCGCCAUCGCGUACGUGCCGGCGGACCGCGACGAGACGUGGACGCUGCGGCCGUCCGCCGCCCACCGCUGGCACUACCGCCGCGCCCAGUCCCCCGCCCAGGUCCUCCUCAUCAAGUGCUUCGACUCCGCCGCGGCCCCCGGCCUCGUCCGCCGCGCCCCCCACUCCGCCUUCGUCCACCCCGACGAGGCCGCCGCCGCCGCCGCCCUGCCGCCCCGCCAGAGCAUCGAGGCUCGCGCCCUGCUCUUCUACGACGACUGAGCCGUCCCCCCCCCCCCCCCCGCCCCCC